UUCUGUAGCUCAUGCAAUAAAUGGCUGAGAAAGUAAGUUUAAUGCCGAGAGAUGAAGAGGAGAUCCAAAAUAACAAUGAUGAAGACCCAUUCCAGAACUGUGAUGCCAUGACAGCACCCUCCAGUUGCCCUGCCAGUCCUUUGCUAGCCAGUCUUCAUGAAGGCAAGGGGAGCUCAGCAGUGCCGGAAGGACUGUCUGUUCUCUCUAGCCUGGCCAUGGCUCAGGAAAAAGCACCUGCUGGACCAGAGAUCAUCAGUGGUGACAAGGCACAAAGCACAGCCUCUGGGUUCUCUGAGUAUUUUUCAACAGAUGUCAAUAUGUCGUUAGGUGGCUUGUCUCAUCUCGUAGCAGUCUAUAAGCUGGAGUCUGUGGGCAUAUCCUCUCCACACUCAGAAAGCCUCCAUUGGGACUGCAGCCAAAAUUUGGAAGAGUCGCAGCUCCCAAGGGUUUCCAAUGCCUCUCAUGAGCCACAAACUGUCACUGCCCUGCUAGUAAGCAAAUUCGAUUGCUGUCAUGCAGGGGCUCCUAAUACACAGCACGCUUGCAGCAGCACAGAGGAUGAUACGGUCCCUUGUAGCCUUGGCGAGGCAAUUUGGAUGAAGACCACAAAAGUAAUGGAGACCUUAGAAAAGAGGAAAAAGGAGGAAAAGGAGAAGUAUCGGCUCCAGCUAGCUAUGUACCGAAGACUUCUGCUGUUGCGCUCAAUCAGGAGUUUGCAUAAGCAACUGGAGCAGCAGCAGGCCAGAUUGCAGGAAUGCUAUGGUACGGUAAUAAAUACCAAGAAAGAAGUGUUGAAACACAUUCACUCAACCUCGCCCUCACCCUCACCAUAAUCGUGUUGCUGCAUGCAGAAACGAGCUUUGUAAUGCCACUGGAGCUGUCAGGAAGCUUUCACGCUGUAGGGGUGGUGGCCUCAAUACCCAAGAGUAUGUGCCCAAGUCUACUGAGAGCAGGGAGGGGGCAACAGAAUAAGAAGAAAGGGGAAGUUCAAGUGUUGGUUCAAGAGUUCAUCUGGACGAAUCUGUGCAAGAAGUUGACUCCUGAUGCACACUCAAGGCCUUAGGUUCAAAUAGGAUAUUUGCCAUAUAGAUUUUUGAAAAGAGAAAACUGGGAAUCUAGUCUGACACCUGAUCUCUAAAGCUGAUCAGAUGGCAGAGCUGCUGCCUGCUGAAUAUGUUGUGCUGCACAUGUCUCUUGUACUUUCAGCAGUAACAAAACUUCACCAGAAAUAGGGUUUGUUUGUCCUCAAGAAUAUCCAUAAUCUAUAAAGCUGGGGUAAUUGAAAACAGUGAAGUUCAGCCUCGGUGAAUUGAUGAAGUGUGGGUUCCCCAUGGAUUUUGUCUCAGUGCUCCUCGCUGCUGUGGAUGUUCAGCACCUCUUAGGCCUCAGAGCCUAUGGUGCAGACUGAGCACUAAAUCUCUCUUCUCCAAUGAGCUGCCUGUUUUUCCAUAAAAGCUCUAAGUCCAUCAUAUGUUUGUGAUCUCUAUCCUUCUAAUAAUGACAGUGAAAUUAUUGUGGGAAGGUAGGACAGUCAAACUCAUGUACAGAGACACUGCAAUUGCAUAAGCCUUAUUUCCUUAGGAAAGCAAGCUAAAAACAAAGGCCUCAUAAUCUGACAUUAUAUUGGAAACCCAUACUGGCAGUGCCAGGGGAACGUUCAAGGUCUGCACAAUUAUUAAUCUGCUGCAAACUCCCAGUGGCAUUAGCGUCUGCAAAUCAAGCAUAUUUUGUGCCUUACUGCUGUCAUUUAAUGGAAUUUGGUGACAAUUAGCACUUUUUAUCCAGGUGUAUUAGACACUGUUCCUAAAAUUGCAAGGUUAGGAUCCCCGCAAGGAAUUUGAUGUCAGUAAGCAACAAACAAAUCCAGGGAAACUGAAAGAAAAAUGAUGUAACUUGUUUGUAUGCUUUCAAAAGGGAACAUUAAUCCCUAUCAUUGCAUAGCAAAUUGAGCUGGGGGUUGUUCUCUUCUAGAAUCUGAACCAAAAUGAUUCAGGAAAAAUAGAUAUUGAAAAGUUUCCUUGUUCAGGGUUUAAAGUGAUAUAUAAAAAAUCUCAUUUUCUUCAGAUACUUAUUUCUUGCCAUGCCACCUUUUCAUUUCCCCUGCUGUGUCUUUGUUAUAAAUGUUUAUGCAGAUGAACAAUCAUACAGAUCUGUUUUUUGUUUUUUUUUCUGCAUGAAAAGGUGACUGUGUUACUAGAAGUCAUAUCUUUUUGGGAAGACUUUGCUAGUUUGCUAUGAAUAGGAAACUUUUCUCCUCAGUUUAUUCAUAUAUGUAUAUAUACAGAGAGAUAGGGGUGUGUGUGUGUGUGUGUAUGUGCACACACACCUAUAUACAAGAGGUGAUGGAAAGUUAGUUCUUUUUUUCUGUAAUAGAAGCAGGAAUAAUCUCCCAAAAUAAUCUUUGCUGUCCACAAAGAGUUUGGCUGAUUAGAUUCACAUGCACACGUUUGUAAGCAAGGUAUUGAAGUAAUUCAAAAAUUGAAGUGCAGCACAACACCGUCAUUAUUUCAUCUUUGUAUUUCUGUGCACCCCAAAUUACGGAAGCCCUCUGGGUAUGCACCACUUUAGAUAGGCUUAUUCUGGGCCCAUAUGUACCCUGUUACACAGCAUCAGCCUGUAACUUUGUACACAGAAUUACCACAGAAACAUCCUUGGCAUCGAAGAGAGAUUUGAAGAGGCAUCCUGCACUGCCUUAUUUGGGGGAUUUGGGUUGCCAAGGGCCUUUAGUGGGCUGCAGAAAAGAGAGCUGCGGAUCAUAUAACUGGGCGCUGUUGCUGCUGAGCUCUGAUCUCAUCCACCAUCUUUACUCAGCCUUGGGAAAGCUGUUCCCUCCCUGUAAUACAGAUUUCCCAAAGAAUGCUUAACUACUAAACAUGUCUCAAAUGUAAUUUCUUCUUUCUUAAUAUGCCUUCCAAGAAGUAAGGAUGAUCAUGGCCAACAGGCCUGCACAAAGAUUUUUUUUAUAUAUACUUCCCAAACAAAAAAAGCCUUUUCAUCAUUGGUUAAGUGUCAAAGUAAAUGUUCCGUUAGGCCAAACACAAGCAAAACACUAUUAGACUGUCUCCUUUGGGGGAGGGAGUGCGAGAGAAGGGGUUCAUGUCUUAAAAAUAUUACUGAGUUUUGAAAUCAAAUGUCAAAUCCUUUCAUUAGGAAGAAAGCCAAAAUGGAUACUUCUGAUAAUUCUUUUUCAAAUAUAAAAAAGAAAAUUGUUGGUCCAAAUUAUCUUUUGAAUUAGGUUCAGCUUGGUUAAUACUAUCAUGUCAUUAAAUUUCCACAGAAAUAAAAUAUAUGCAUAAAAACAAAAAAACCUGCUAUGCAAAGUAGCUAUUUUGCCUCUGUAGCUGCUAAAGUAGAGUGUUGUCCUGCAUUUGAUGCAAGAAGUAGAAUGCCUGAUGUUACUAUGUGCUGUUUUUCCUAUGCCACAGCAGCAAAAUCACUGUUACUGAAGCAGCCUUAGUAAUUAAUAACAUUGUUUGCUGCUCUCAGACAGAGCUAUUUAUUAAAAUAGUGUUAACUUUCUUUUUUAAAGAUGAUGAGGAAGACAUUAAAAAAAUAUUUCUCACGCAAUAUGCAGUGCAGCAAUAGUUGGAUUGUCAAACUGUUCCACUGAAAGUGCUUUGUGACAAUCUUUGUUUUGUACAACUCUCGUAAAAAUUUCUUCAUCUUAAUUGGGAACAGUAGAUGCUUCUGUAAUAUGAAUAUUAAAUACAAAAAAGAUUUGUGCAUGAUCAAUGCUGUCUGAUAGCUGUCAAGAAAAUGAAGCGGAGACUUGCUUUGUGUGUGCAUGCUUUUUACAUGUAGCGUUUUUAUGGACAUAUACAAAAUAAAUGUUAACUGAAGAAAUAACAAGCA